CUUGAACACAGCAGCCCAUAUUAUAUUGAGAAAUCGCACAUUUUCCUUGUCUGUUCAUCUCUAUAUUGUCGGCAUAAUCUACAGAUUGUAUCUUAGUACCAUCUAGUGAUAAGUUGCCGCCGUUGUCCACGGACAAAUAGCUUGCGCCUGCCGGUACAUUCCACAAGGGGCACGAGGCCUUGUCAUCCUUUUCAGGCGCAGCGAUACUGCGUUCUCUCUUUCACAAACCAGAGACAUUCCCUUCCAGGCUUUCGGAAAUAGUUCUUCAAAUACCACGAUCUUCCAACAUGUCAUCCCGUCCUCGAGGGGCCCGCGCAACUGCUGGUCGAGAUGGGAAGGAGACUGAACUUGAAAAUGAUCUACUCACCAGAGCGCUUGAAAGCCUGCGUAAGGCCAGAGAAUUCAACGAAAAAUGCAGAAAGAUUGGCCAAGACAUCAUGGCCCUGGAGGAAGAGAUCAAAGUAGCCGGACACGGAACUCCUGACCAGUACCGACGGUUGGACGCUUUGUAUCGAGAAAACCUCCGAUACGCGGAAAGUGAGAAGAAAGUCCACGAUGACGACGACAUCAUCAGCAAUCUUGCUAUCCUAGAGACCAUGAGAUCUAACGAUGAACCGGCUCCCCGGAAUGGUCAGCCGAAAUCACGGAAGCAUCAGCGGCCUGCUGUUGAUUCAGAAGCCGUUGAGUCUCCCGGGCCCAGCCCCGGGGAUGGUCGUCUAGAGAUGAUGAAACGCGUCAAGGGCACCUCCCAACGAAGUUCAAGCACAGCAAGCCAGAAUCGAGCAGCCACAAUUGUUCGCGAUGACGGGAGCGAGACGCACAAGGGCCUCCAGGCUGAGAGGGCUGGUCACCUUGUAUCCGGAACCGAAGUCUUUUACAAAUUUCCGAAGGACCAGGCAGAGCAAGAAGAAGGAGUGGGCAUUCACGGCAUCAUCAAGAAAGUCUGGCAGGAGAAGAAGCCGAUUCAAUAUGAUGUAAGAGACCCAGAGGAUGAUGCGUCCGGCAAGCAGACAGUACGCAAGGCUACAGCCAGAGACCUAGUACCUAUCCCACAGAUAGCCCCGAGCAGUCAACAGUUCUCAAUCGGAACGACCGUAUACGCGAAAUACCCUGAUACCGACACUUUUUACCGAGCCAAGGUCAAGAGCUUCCAGAAACCCAACUACAGUUUAAAAUUUGAUGAGGACGUACAGGAGAUGCUCGUUGAUGCGCGGUUCGUCCUACCUGCCGGGGUCAAGUAGUACAACCAAGAUGUCACAUCCAGCAACACAUUUAAUCUAGGAGAUGAUCAGGAAGAUGAACCAGAUGAGCAUUGGGGUAGGACACGCCGUGAACGGCAGGAUAUUGCUCGACUGAUGAGUGGCAGUGGUGAUUAAGCCAAUUGGUCCUUCGCUCACAGUUCGCCUUUGCUGGCCAGGUAGGCAGCGCCACUGUCUGCUUGUCGUUAGUACCCCAUAGCCGUGUCCAGGAGAAAGAGGAUCUCGAAG